AUGGAUUUCAUACUCUCCCUCACCCACUUCUGCGAAGUCCACGGCCCAACCUCCAUCCUCUGCUCCCAGGUCGCACCCACCAUCUGCGCACAGUGCGAUUCGAACGACCGCGAGUUCUCGCCCACUGACACUCCGCUCUCCUCGAACGGCGGAGCUUCGCCGGCCUCCGGUCAUAAUGGAAAGUCAGGAAAGCAGCCCAAGGCAGCAGCGUCGUUGGAUUGCAAGAGCAAUUCGGACCUGGAGCCGCUCUCGUCGCCCCCCUCCGCCUCAGCUCCGACCACCGCGACCAGACUCGAGGAACACCCGUGGUUCAUAAGCGGCCAGUAUACAAAGGUCGACACGGCCAAGUUCAACUGUUUUGGCGGUGCGGAGGGAGAUACCUGCGCGAGCUGCCGGCUCACCGUGCCGGACGACAUCAGCAAGCAGCUCCCGCCGGGCGCCCCGGGCACGAUGAAGGAAAAUGGCCAGGGCAGAAACGGCAGCCCGGUGCUGAGAUCCAGAGAGAUGGUCUACUCGUGCCACGACGGCAUUUCCCACGCGCACGCGCACUCGCACGCCCACCACUCCAAUUCCACCUCCGCGCGCUCCUCCUACUCGUCCGACUCCUCAUGCCACACCCACGUCGUGACCUACCUGUCCAUGCGCGGACCGCCCAAUCCCACCAACUACUCGAUUCUGCGCCGUGCGUCCAUCCGCACCCUGAGCUGCGAAUACCUUCCCCGCGGCCUGUCCUCGGGGCCCCUGUCGUUCGGCGAUCCAGUGACCGGCUACACCAUCGCCUACGUCUUCCGUCUGCCCGACCCCGCCGCGCGCGGCAAGAGACGCAGCUAUGCGCUCGUUGCGUUGGCAGGCAAGGAUGCAGGCCGAGCGUUUCGCGCGAGUCCGGUGAUCUGGCGUGUCUUUGGUCGUAUCGCACACAACCUGGUGACUUCGGCGGAGAGGUCUGAAGAGCGGGAGAAACGCCGUGGGGCGGGCGCCGCCGCCGUCCCUAAUACUACUACUGCUGCUACUGCUACUGCUACUGCUGCUGCUCCGGUACCGGCCUCGACGCGCACCGUGCCGCAAUACACUCCCAUCUCGUCCUUCCUCACGGGCCGCACGCUGGACCCGGACGGCCAGCGGCGGCGGGCGGGCCAGGUGCGCGCACGCAAUCUCGCGGAAAUCGUCGACAACGAGUUCAUCUUCGCCGAGAUCCAUGCCCAGUUCGUGGCCUUGCUCCAGCAGCUCGGCGGCAUGUUUGGGGGCUCGCGGAUUCCCGAGAAUCGGUUGAACCCGGAGGCCGCGUGCGACGAGACCGAGGAGCACUUCCCCCGGCCUGCUCCGACCGCUAACCACCACAACCACCACUUCUUGCGCGCCGCCGCCACGACGAGGACCACCACCGCGACCGCUGCUCGCGCCGCCGCGGCGGCUCCGUCGGCGCCCUCGGCGCUCUCCACCGCCUCCCGAACCUCCGCCAGAGCUGCCGCUGCUGCUGCUGCUGCUACUGCCCGCGUGCGGUGCGACUCCCCCAAGUCGCCCGUCGGCGCCAUGCAGCUGACGCCGAAGCCCAUCCCCAUCUCUCACCGACGCCAUUACGCCGCCUAG